AAAAUAGCUACAUUUUUUAUGAAGAAAGUGUUGUCUAGAUCGGGGUGUAACUAUUUUUAAAACUUUUAUUUUUAGGCUGUAUUCAGAAAUCGGCAUGAUCCAGGAUUUUAAAGAAACUGUUUUGAGAAAACAUGCAUAACUCCUAGGUUAUAGCUCCGAUUUUGGUGAUCUUUAUACCGUUAGAAAGGUCUUUCAAUUAACUAAAAACUUUGUGAACAGUAGAACUACUAAUUCAAACGUUUUAUAAGUCAAAUUCUAGGCUAAACUUGCUGUACAGUAAGAAUAAUAAAUAUAUUGAGUUUAUCGGUGGACUAAGGGUUUCACUAAUUGUUAUAGGGCCUAGAAGGUAUCGUAGGAGUUAAUUACAGCGGAGUUGAGAUAAGUAAGCCUGUAAGCUUUCGGUGACAAGUUGAGUCUGGGCAGCAUGGGGUGUAUCUCGUGUGAUCAUGUAACUGCGUGUGGUCUUGGCCAUCUUCCGCUGAAAGUUUUUUUUUAAUUUAUUAAACUUAUCGAGGAUGUUGUCGUUUAAAUUUUCUAUUACUUUUCCCUAAGUGGUAAUACUUUAUUUUCAACUGGGUACCCAUGUUUUGAAAAGUGUUUUUUUUUUAAAAAAUAAAGGCAACAUUAGUAUCUUAACGCCAGUUUAUUUAUGGCAUCUUAUUUUACGUAAGUAAGGGCGUUACAAAUGGUACCAGAGCCACAGUUACAUUGAUCUUGAAUUCACGCGACAUACACACCAUCGCUGCAAAGGAUCAACUUGUCAUCAAGUAUGUAUGCUUUAUAUAUGUUAUGUCUUAUAUGUUAAAUUUGGUUUAGUCUUUAUCUUUUGAUUUUCCUUUAGUUAGCUAGAAGUUUAGGGUAUGGUUAAUCGAAACAAUUAACUGAUUCUUCGGAGUUAGAAUUAUAGUAUAACUCAAACAAUUUUCGUAUUAGUGUAAUUUUUUUUAUGAGUAAAGAUUAUUUAUUUAUUUAUUUAUUUAUUUUACAUGGUGAAUUGUUGCUUGAUGAUUUACGUUUUUUUUAAGUUUAUAUAAUUUAGUGUAUAGAUAUUUCCUUUUUGAGCGGGAUACAUCUUUGGUUAUUUUUUUUUUCUUACCGCUACCAUCUCCUUUCUUUUGAAGAACAAGUUAAGGGAUUUGAUGGAAAACGGUGAACCCAGAAGAUCAAUCCGGUUGAAUGAAAGAGCGGCUGUAAGAGACCGAGCUAGAGGUCGAGGGCGAGGAAGUGCUUGCGGUCGAGGCAGGGGAAACCAGCAUGUCCCUGCCGAGGCGGUGAUCCAGGAGAAUCAAAAUGCCCCUGUAAAUGGACAACAACCAGGUCAAGGUGGGGGCAACCACGAAGUCCCUGCUGGGGUAGUUGGUCAAGGACACCAAAACGCCCCUGUAGGGGUGCCACCACAACAAGAAGAUUUGGCGCAAGAAGUUGCUCGUCUCAAGGAAGAAAUUAGGAAGCGAGAUGAAGAGGCUCACAACCGUCAGGAGCAAUCCAAUCAAGGACAACAUCAAUUUUUGCCGGUGCAAUACAUGCCUGUGCCGGAGGGUCGAUGGGAACCAAUAUAUGAAAGGUUCCGCAAGCAACACCCACCAAAUUUUGAAGGGGGCUCAGAUCCAAUGGAAGCUGAGGAAUGGUUAAGAACAGUGGAAGGUAUUGUUGAGUACAUGCGGCUCGGUAACGGAGAUAGUGUAGCUUGUGCUGCUAGUUUAUUGAAAAAGGAUGCCCGCAUCUGGUGGGAUGUUAUUAAACAAACACGGGAUGUGGCCGCAAUGACCUGGGCUGACUUUGUACAAGUUUUUAACAAAAAAUACUACAGUGAAGCAAUACGCUCAGCUAGAGUUAAUGAGUUCACGAACCUGAGGCAGGGUAAGUCUACGAUUCUGAGUAUGCUCGCCAAUUUGACGAUUAGCAAAAAAGACAAUACAGCAAGGUGGGAGGCCAGAAAGGCCAGUAAUGGAGGUGGUGAUAACAAAAGAAAACUGCCAAGUAACCAACACAACGAAGCCGACAAGAGAAACAAGAUAGGGUCCAAUAACUACAAAGGGAAGAAGCCAUAUGUGGAGUACCCCCUAUGCCCAACAUGUGGUCGUAAGCAUCCAGGAGAAUGUCGACUGAAAGGCAAGACUUGUUACAAGUGUGGGCAACCGAGCCACUAUAAGAAGGACUGUCCACAAAAAGGUGAUCAACUCAAGGAUGACAAACUUGUCCCAGCUCGAGUAUUUGCACUAACCAGAGGGGAGGCUGAGACUAGUAACACCGUGGUUGCGAGUCGAUUUCUAUCUCUCGGAAAAACUAUGUCUUGUUUUAUUUGA